AUGGAUUUAUUGAAGAAAAGCUUCAAGAAGUAUUUUGAGAGCAAUAGGAAAAAGAUAGUUCAUGGUGAAAUAUCCAUUUGUAUUGGGAAUGAGGGAUGUGACUUAGAUAGCUUUAUCUCCUCUCUGGUAGUUGGAUAUGCUGAGGAGGUAAUUCACGUGGUAAAUAUGAAAAAAGAGGUUUUUAUAUGCAAAGGAGAGCUGAUGUGGGUGUGUAACAAAUUUGGAAUAGAAGUGGACGAUUUAAUUUUCUUUGAAAGACCUAUGGGGCAAUUCUCACCUAGAGCUAGAAUCUUAGGAUCCUAUUUUCUAACAAAGGAUGGUAAAUACUUCUUAGAAAGUAAGAAAAUAACAUUACAUCUAACAGACCACAAUGACCCUGUCCCAGAAAUGAUAUUUAAUGAGAUCGAACUUAUCAUAGAUCACCACAAACUAGAAGACCACAUUUACAAUGUUAAGAGGAUUUAUAUAGACAUAGAUGUAGGAUCAGCCACUACUUUGGUUUCUAAAUAUUUGGGAAAGGAUUUGAGUAGAAAGCAUCACUGUGUGAAGAGUACUAAAGAGAGUUUGAGUAAAGCUGAAAAGAAAAUGAAAGAGACACUGUGUAGUUGUAUAGCUCAACUACUUUUAAUACCAAUACUUACAGAUACGAGGUUUUUAAAGAGAAGAACGAGCAUUUUUGAUUAUCUGGAGUAUAAGAAGCUUAAAAAGAGAGCUAGUAUUAGUAACAAGGAGCUUAGGAAGAAUCUGAGAGGGAUGAAGAAAGCCAGAAGUAAUGAUAAAGAAUACCCAACAGAGAUAAUCCUACAAAAAGAUUAUAAGAAUUACCUUUUUAACGAGAUGAGGUUCGGGUGUUCAACCGUUAAGUACGACUUUGAGGUGUGGAUAGAAAGGGAAGGGAAGGGUUCCAAGGGUGUAAAACAAGAUAAAAUAGGAACUGUCCUCCUUAGCCAGCUACAAAGCUUCAAGGAGGACAUGGGAAUUGACUUUCUAAUUGUUGGUUGUAAAUUGAAGAAGAAGAGGCAUUACAUCAUUCUAAAUCUUCCAUAUCUCACUAUCUUUUCUAAGGAGAACCUUUUUGAGCUGGUAAAUUAUAAGGGUCUUUCUUACUUUAGAGCACCUGUAGAACUUUCCAGAAAACUCCUUGUACCGAGAAUUAAAGCCUUUCUAAAUAGAAGCAAAAUCUGUGCUUAA